UGUGUGUGCCUCACUGUCACAGUAAUUAACAGGGGAUGUGAGGUGAGAGUCUCUCUUUCCUCUUUUCAACGAUCCUUCGGUCGUCGAUCUCCAAGGGAAAGAGAAAAAGGCAAAGAAGGCGGUGGUUUAGUUUGUUUCUUCUUGUUGUGGUGAAGAAGCGGCUCUCCCUCUCUCUAUCUGUAGAAUGCCGGAGACGGCGGUGUCGUCGCUGCCUUCAAGUAGCGAGCGGUCGUCGAGUUCUGCACUGCAGCUGGAGAUCAAAGAAGGAAUCGAGAGCGACGAUGAGAGCAGGAGAGUGCCCGAAAUGGGCAGCGAGGUAGCCGGACCGUCGACCUCAGUCAGAGCCGCGGGAUCCGUCGCCGGAAGCCGGCAGGAUCAGGCACAGGCCUCUGCUGAAGCGGGCCAGAGGAAGAGAGGUAGGAGCCCUGCUGACAAGGAGCACAAGCGCUUGAAGAGGUUGCUGAGGAACAGAGUUUCUGCCCAGCAAGCUAGAGAGAGAAAGAAGGCCUACUUGAACGAACUUGAGGCCAGAGUGAAGGAUCUCGAGAAGAGGAACACCGAACUCGAGGAGAGGCUUUCCACAUUGCAGAAUGAGAACCAAAUGCUGAGACAUAUAUUGAAGAACACAACAGCUAGCAGAAGAGUAGGAAACGGAGGGGGAAAUGGAGGGGAAAUGUCAAUGUAAAAGAAUGUUGAUUCAGUGAAUCUUCUGUCUGAUUAUUGUGUGUCAUGAUAAAUACACAAAUCACCCAAAUUCUAUGUCACAGAAAAAGUGAAGGUUUGAUGUUGUUGUACUGUCUUAUUCUGUGUGUGUUGUAAGAUUAGCAUGAAAGAGAGAGAUCGAGAGGAGCAGGAAAAGGAAGAGAAGAAGUUUCCCUUUUUUUCCAAAUUGUGUGUAUGUGAAUGGCAGCAACGUAUGGCUCAAAAUAUCUCCAAACUUAUGGAGUUUGUUCCA